AUGGAGCAUGUCCGCCCCGGCUUCAUACAGGAAUCCAAGUCGGGCAGCGACCCAGCAUUAGUACUGUGCGGCGAGCCCGAUGCCUUGUUGAUACACUUCACAACCUGGACGCAGGCCGGCUUCUACAAGACGGCCGACUUCAGUCCCGCAGUUGUGCGUGCCGGCGAGACGAGCCAGUGGAGGAGCAACCCGCCCGGCACCAUGGUUUUCCACCACGUGCAAUCGAUGCGACAGGGCCCGACGACCAGGAACGUGUUUGUGGUGCUGGGCAAGGACCACGGCGGCAACUAUUGGUUGACUGGGAUUCUGCUGGCCCAAGCCUGGGCCAAGACUGAAGAGGAUAUAAAUAAGAUGUAA